CCGGGUCAUCUGGCGCUGGAUCGUCUGGCUUGACAGCGGGCAUCGGGUCACCAGGCAUGAUAGCGGGCACUGGGUCAUCAGGCAUUGGAUCGUCUGGCUCGACAGCGGGCAUCGGGUCACCAGGUAUGACAGCGGGCACUGGGUCAGACAUUGGAUCGUCUGGCCCGACAGCGGGCAUCGGGUCACCAGGUAUGACAGCGGGCACUGGGUCACCAGGCAUCAGGUCAUUUGGCUCGCCAGCGGGCACCACGUCAUCUGGCAAGGCAGUGGGCACCGAGUCACCAGGCACGACAGUGGGCUCCGAGUCAACUGGCAUGACCGCGGGCACUGGGUCAGACAUUGGAUCAACUGGCUUGACAGCGGGCAUCGGGUCACCAGGUAUGACCGCGGGCACUGGGUCAUCAGGCAUUGGAUCGUCUGGCUCGACAGCGGGCAUCGGGUCACCAGGCAUGACAGUGGGCACCGGGUCAUCAGGUACCGGAUCGUCUGGCUCGACAGCGGGCACUGGGUCAUCAGGCGUGAUAGGAUCAUCAGGCUGGAUCAGCUGGGUACAGGCAUCAGGCUGAAGUGCGGGUGCCGAGGCACCAGGC